AUGAACCGCCCUGAUAUAGGUACGUAUAGUCCCGGAGUUGUGCUAACGGUUGGAUCGCAUUAUGCCAAAGUGCUGAAGUAUCUUACUAGUGGAGGCUUCGCUCAAGUUUACACUGCAGAGAUACAACCGGCAGAUUCGUUUGCGCAAUCUAAUAUUGCAUGCCUGAAGAGAGUGAUUGUACCCGAUAAAUCGAGUUUGAACACUUUAAGAGCUGAAGUGGAUGCUAUGAAGCUUUUAAAGAAUCACAAACAUGUGGUUUCGUAUAUCGAUUCGCACGCAGCCAAGUCUUCAUUUCAAGAUGGGAGUUACGAAGUGUUGCUCCUGAUGGAAUAUUGUGCUGGUGGUGGCCUGAUAGAUUUUAUGAAUACUAGAUUACAAAAUCGGCUACAGGAAUUCGAGAUUCUGAGCAUUAUGAGUCAAGUGACCCAGGGGAUAGCCGCAAUGCAUGCGUUAGUACCGCCUUUGAUCCAUCGUGAUAUCAAAAUCGAGAAUGUGCUAAUAUCGCAUAAUGGGGACUAUAAGGUUUGCGAUUUUGGGUCGGUAUGUGGGGCUAUUAGGCCUCCAAAGAACCCGCAGGAGUUCGCAUUUGUUCAGCAUGACGUUCUUAAGAACACCACGGCACAGUACCGGGCACCUGAGAUGAUCGAUCUGUAUCGUGGAGAUCCAAUUGAUGAGAAAUCAGAUAUAUGGGCAUUGGGAGUGUUUUUAUACAAGUUAUGUUAUUACACAACACCAUUUGAGAAAGGCGGUGAGUUGGCCAUUUUGCAUUCGAGAUAUCAAUUUCCCGCUCAUCCGAUAUACAGCGACCGCCUAAAGAAUCUGAUUCGCAUGAUGUUAAUGGUGGAACCUAGUCAAAGGCCUAACGUAUGCCAGACUCUCGAGGAGGUGUCCCGAAUGCAAGGUGUACAGUGUCCAAUCAAAAAUUUCUACCUAAUACGUGCAAUGCAGCAGCAUGCUGAUCAAAAGCAGUUGCAUUACAGUAAGACACAGCCGGUUUUGAACGUCCCGAUCAUGAACCAGCCAAUGAUGAAUCAAUCCCUUGGCAGCAAUUUACAGGCGGCGAUCCCGGUCAGUACCCAUCUCACUAUUUCGAAAUCCGGGCCUCAGCUUUCCAACAGACCGAACAGCACUGCUGGUACAGGCGUUGGAAUGGCAUUACUUCAGCCGGACGUGCGUCCUCUGAGCCAGAAAUCUGGCGAAACUUAUGGCAUCCUAACGCGGGCUUCGAAGAAGCCACCCGUUAGCUCACCUGAUGUUUUCCCAUCCGGGAGAGGAGACGUCAAUAAAAUAGUGAGCGCCAAUGUGACGUCUUUCGACCGGCCAGUCUAUGUCGAUUCUGUGACUCAAACUACAGAGCCAGAGACCGGUGUCAUAACAUCUGCCGUGUCAACCAACUCGCAACAAAAGAAGAUCUUUCCUAGUAGCAGUGGACCUGCUGCCACCAAGCCAUUGAGCUCAAGUUCUAAAAAGACGCUAAAAGAAGAGCAGGACCACAUAUCUUCUAGAAGCAGGAGCGGAGGUUCUGUGUCCACUGGUACUGAAUUUACCUCACGAGCAGGGAAUUUCGCUCCCCAGAUGUCGCAGGCCUCCAUGGGAAACAGAGAAGUGAAAGAAUCCAUCCAAAAGAGGGUCCAUGACCUGUUGACUUCAUCAGAAGACCUGCCCGCGUCAAAAGUGGAGCAUGAUCAAACGAAGCAAGAAGCUCGUUGUAAUGAUGACAGACAUAUAAGGCACAAUGCUAACGGAGAUUCCGACAAAGGCGCACGUAAAACCAAAGAGAGACCCCGUCCCCCUCCAAAACCGGCUCACCUGAGAUUAAGCCAAUCUACAAAACCAACACAAUUUAUGGCAAAGCGCAUCACUCGUGCGGGAUCUAUAAAAGAGGAACGUGAAAAUUCAAUCAUCGAUGGAAAAGCGGAUAACUUCAGAAAAAAGGUUUCAGGUGUUCUGUGA